CAAUUGUGUGUAUAUACUACGCAGGACAUGAACUGGUCCAUGGGAAUGUGUCUGACCCUGCAGUGCACCAUGAUCUGAGAUACAUCUCACCUCAAUCACCAUCGUCAUUCUUCUGCUAACCAGUACGGACAGACCACGACAUAGACUGUUCAACAACACCUCAGAACACCAUGCUCCAAUCCCUCCUCACCCUCACCAUCCUCACCCUCCUCACCCUCCUCCUACAAACCGCCCACGCCAACGUCGAAAAAACCAUCUUCCUCGCCCCAACCCCCAACCCCCUCUCCUCCUCCUCCAAUAUAGCCCCCGACCUCUCCGACCUAGGCCUAGACCUGCUCUCCCCCGAAAACACCAUCCUGCGAACAAAGCUCAACGCCUCGUUUCCUUCCACCGCGAAACCCGAUGGAACGGAAUCAUGGUUUCUGCUCGAGGGGCUGAAUCCGGGACAGAGGUAUGAAGUGCGGGUUUGUUGGUUGGCUACCCAACCAACAUCAUUCACACUAUCAACAUACCCCCUCGACGCGAUAAUCGACGACCCAUCGCUCCUCGCGUCAAUUAGCCACUAUUCCUCCGCGCGCCUCGCCUCCGUCGACGUGAAUAAUCCCAAGGAAAUCGUCCCGCAGGUUCCGAAUUCGCAUCAUGCGCCUAGACAUCUUUCGCGUCGUACCCAAUCGCGCGAUUCUGACUCCGUGCUAUUUCUACGUAUCCAUGCCGCGGCGGAUUACUUUACGAUUGAGCAGAGGUUGAUGGAGAAUGUUCCGCCGGUCAUUGCGGAUGUCAUUUUGGAUCCGUUUUUGGGGAAUGCAUUCCCCAAGUCUCUUGUGCCGACGGCGUGUUGGGGGUUGAUUGUUGGGGUUGCUGCUGUAGGGGUUGCGAGGUGGAUUGUUAAGGAGUUUGGAAGAGUUGUUCUACAGGGCGUUGGAAGUGGGAGUACUGCUGGCAGUGCUGAGAAAAAGGGUCAGUAAUUCUAUAUUACUAGUAAUAUUUCUGGACUAUGCAAUAUAUAAACAAAUAAUAGAGCAAAGAUUUAGACCAGCUAUAUUUGACAUAAAAUAAAACAGCAAAACUUGAACAGGG